AUGGCUUCCACCUGCAACGACUCCCCAUCGUUCAAGAUCAUACUUGGGUCCUCGUCGCCGGCGCGCCGCGCGAUCCUGUCAGACAUGGGAUACGAGUUCACGGUCAUGAGCGCUGACAUCGACGAGAAGGCCGUCAGGAGGGAGACGCCGGAGGAGCUGGUCAAGGCCUUGGCCGAAGCCAAGGCGGACGCCAUUCAACUGAACCUUGCUGACGGCUGUGCUGAUCGAGGCAGCAGAGAUCGACCUACCCUUCUGAUCACUUCUGACCAGGUUAAGGUGAGCAAAGGGAUGAUACGGGAGAGGCCGACGAGCACGGAGGAAGCCAGGGAAUUCAUCAAGGGGUACUCGGGUGAUGUAGCAUUUGCAAUGAACUAUGUUCUGGUGACCAACCUGAGCACCGGGGGUAGGAAAGGGGGGUGGGAUAUACCUGAGAUCUGUUUUCACCACAUACCAGACGAGUUCAUCGAAAAAGUCGUGAAGGAAGGAGGCAUGACUUGCGUGGCUGGGGGCCUCAGGUUGAUGCAUCCAUCAUCUUUGCCGUUCAUCAAGGAACUAGUUGGUACGGUGGAUAGCGUUCGAGGACUUCCAAGAAACCUCACCGAGAAGCUCAUUCGAGAAUCCCUACAAGAAACCGUUGAAAUGUAG